AUGGAGAUCAUCGUCGUCGGCGCGACGGGCUACGUCGGAUCCGAAGUCUUACGCCUCUGCCUCGAGGACCCCCACAUCUCCAAGAUCCACGUCCUGACGCGACGGCCUCUUCUGGACUCGUCUCUCGCGCCGGUGAGCGCAUCCGACAAAUUGUCCGUCAUCCUCCGACACGACUGGCUCCGUUACGACCGUGGCGAUGAGGAUGCGGACUUGCUGAGCGCUCUCAAGAACGCCCGGGCUUGUAUUUGGUGCAUCGGCGGCCGUCACACCCAGACGUCGCGCUGGCCGACCAUGGAGGAAUACCUUCGGGUCACCGUCGACUACACCGUCGCUGCGGCGCGGGCCUUUGCCCAAAACUUCGCGGCCGCCCAGCAGGCCCGACGCCGAGAGGGGACCGAGGUAGAGGGGAGCAAGUUCCGCUUCGUGUUCUGCAGCGGCCAUGCCUCCGAAUUGACGUAUUGCAAAAACCUCUGGAUCAUGGGUCCCACGCGACGCGCUAAGGGCUGUGCCGAAAACCUCCUCUUCGACAUCGCGCGCCGGAGCGGGGGCUCCUUCGAGAGCAUCACCGUCCGACCCUGCGGCAUCCAUCCGAGGAACCCCACCUGGGCGUCCCGCUUCCUCACCGGCUUCGUCUUGCCGCACACCCUGCGCGUGGAGGAGCUGGCCAUCGCCAUGAUCGAGCUGGCGAAAUCCGGCCCGGCGGCGGGAGGCGAAGAGGGGAAGGUCAUCGUCGAGGCGCAGGAUGCGGAGGACUUGGGACGGAAACUCCUCCGCGCUCGUCCGCAGUCUCCUCCAUCUUGA